UAUUGAGCUUGCCAGAACGCGCUGGCAGUAUCCACAACAUAGAAAGAAACUAUUCUUCUCUAUAUUAGUGGUGAAAGAUGACUCAGACAGUUCAGACAAAUGGGGUUCAACCUCUCAGCAAGACUUGGGAGCUCAGUCUAUAUGAGUUACAACGAACUCCACAGGAGGCCAUCACGGAUGGCCUGGAGAUUGCCGUGUCUCCCCGUAGCCUACACAGCGAGCUGAUGUGUCCCAUCUGUUUGGACAUGCUCAAAAACACCAUGACCACUAAGGAGUGCCUGCACCGCUUCUGCGCAGACUGUAUCAUCACAGCUCUCAGAUCCGGAAACAAGGAGUGCCCGACAUGCAGGAAGAAGCUGGUAUCAAAGCGCUCGCUUCGCCCUGACCCCAACUUCGAUGCCCUGAUCAGCAAGAUCUACCCAAGCAGAGAUGAGUAUGAGGCCCAUCAGGAGAGGGUGCUGGCCCGCAUCAGCAAGCACAACAACCAGCAGGCUCUCAGCCACAGCAUCGAGGAGGGCCUCAAGAUCCAAGCCAUGAACAGACUGCAGCGGGGGAAGAAGCACCAGAUUGAGAAUGGCAGUGGGGCGGAGGACAACGGGGACAGUUCGCACUGCAGCAAUGCCUCUGUGCAUAGCAAUCAGGAGGCGGGCCCUAGCAUCAAGCGCACCAAGACAUCAGACGACUCGGGCCUGGACAUGGACAACGCCGCGGAGAACGGUGGUGUGGACAUGGCCCUGGACGGAGCCAGCGAGAUCGAGCUUGUCUUCCGGCCUCACCCCACGCUCAUGGAGAAGGAAGACGCUGCGCAAACGAGGUACAUCAAGACCUCUGGGAAUGCCACAGUGGACCACCUCUCUAAAUACCUGGCUGUGAGACUCGCCCUGGAGGAACUGCGCAAGAACGGAGAAGCCAGCCCCAUCAACGUGGAGGCAGCCAGCGAAAAGCAGUACACCAUCUACAUCCCCACAGCCAACAACCAGUUCACAGUCCUAAAUGGCUCCUUCUCUCUGGAGCUGGUGAGUGAGAAGUACUGGAAGGUCAACAAGCCCAUGGAGCUGUACUUCGCCCCUACGAAGGAGCACAAAUAAAUCCAGUGAGAUCUGAGGGUCUCGACAGGACUGAUGGAUCUUUCUCUCUCUCUCUCCCUCUCUCUCUCUCUCUCUCUCUCUCUCAUCUGGAGUAUACUAGUCAUGGAGUUCUUGCUCCUUAACAACUGUGGCUGCUUUUUUGUUUGUUUUUUGUCUGGUUUUUUGUUUGUUUGUUUUUGGGUUGGUUUUUUUUUAAGUCUUUUUGUAGGGCUGGUGGGAUGGGGAAAUGUUGGGUCAUGUACUGGUAUUUGAUGAAUAUUUUCUUUUCACUUUGACACGAGUUGACACAAUCGGUUUAUAGCCCCAUAUUGAACAGCAGUCUUGUUAUUGAUAGGAGUUGGGUGGUGCCUUCAGCAAACUAAAGGUCAAAUUUACCAAUACAAUAACUGUUAGCACAACUGCUGUGGAAGAAAAGCCACAUACUGAAGACUAAUUUUUGUAGUGACAUGUCUUUUUCGUAUUAAGGAAUAUUUUGUCAUCCACGGCAUUGUUAUUUAAUAGCAGUGUCUGCCCUCAUCAGUCGUCAAUAAGAUCCACCAAGAUGGGGGAGAUUUGAAGUGCAUUUUUUGAGGAAUUCCUUUUAGGUUAAUGUAUGCAGAAUGCAUAUACAUGCUACUGUUCCCACAGAGUCCCAGUCAGUAUUGAGGUUAUGUGGUGACUCAGUCUGCACCAACCAUGCCACAUCACCAUUCAGUAGCUGGUCAACCAUGUACAUCUGCCAGUUUUACCUUUGGAGUUGUACAUAUAACAUCACUUGACAAAUAAGGCAAUUUGGAAAUGUAUCAGAUUAGGCAACCAUUGUUAUUAUACAUUAGAAAUAAAAAAAAAAUAGCUGUCAGUUGUACACACAGAUUUUUGAUAGUCAUAUUUCAUUAAAAAAAACCCUCUAUUGACAAA